CUGUAAGACUCAAUAAGAGACAAAUUAUUAGUUAAUAAUUGUUGAUUACUAAAGUUAUUUGAUCUACAUGAUGUACAUGAUAUAAUAAUCCAAAAAAGGUCUAUUGCCAGAUUCCCAGCUACAAAUUAAAAAUUGUUGAUGAAAAGGCAUAGGUGGUGCUCAAGUAACCAGCCACUACCAACUCUCAAUACGCUUUUGUUUAGCUAAUGUAACCGGUUCUUAAGCCAACCCUGGUUUUUGCUUUUAACUCUCCCAGUGAUCAUCGGUGAAACCACACCUAACCUAACGAGCAAUAUUGUCUCAUUUUUUUGUGUUAAAUUUUUUUUAUUGUCUUUUUUAAAUAGUUUUAAUUUUUAAUAGUUUUGGAUUGAUUUUUAUAGAGUGCCCAAUUUUUUAAACCUUGUUUCUACCUGAUUUUACUAAGUAUAAAAAGAUCAAUAUGUUGAAAUAUUUUAGGGGAAAACGUUUCAAGUCUUCUACAAGGUCCAAGUUAACAAAGGAAUCAUUUGGUCUGAAACAGACAUUAUCUCAUGGAUUUCCACAUUCACCAACAUGUAUGGCGUAUGACAGCAAGCUAAGUUUACUAGCCAUUGGUUCAGAAAAGGGAGUUAUAAAGAUUAAUGGUAGACCCGGAGUUGAAUUGGAAAUAUCUCUAGGAGAAGAGACAGAGGUUCGUUCAAUAAAAUUUGUCGAAGGACGUGGACAAUUGGUUGUUCUUUGCAGUGAUAACAGCCUCAGUUUGUGGGAAAUCAAUGUUCAAAAGAGGGAAAAUGGUGUUGAAAAAAGUUUCAUCGAACAAGUUAAAACUUGCUCAUUUUUUCAUAAAGAGCAAAGAGAAGGAAAUCUUAAACAAAUUACAACUAUGACCAUAAACUCUUCCAAUCAAUUUUUGCUCGUUGGAACUCAAGGUGGUAAUAUUUACAUACUGUCAUUAGAAACUUUUGACCUCACUAAUGAAAUAAUAUACCAAGAUGUGGUCAUACAAAAUAUUCCCGAAGAUUCGCUCAAAAAAAGUAAUCCAGGUGAAGUUGAAGUUAUAGUUGAAAAACCUCACGAUCCUGAUAAAUUCUUGAUUGGUUACAAUAGAGGUUUGCUUGUUUUGUGGGACAACAAAAAUUUAACUACUGAGCAUUUUUACAUUUCAAACCAGCAACUAGAAUCUGUUUGUUGGCUGCGAAACGGUGAAGAAUUUAUUAGCUCUCAUGCCGAUGGUAUCUACAUCAGAUGGAAAUUGAGUGACAAUUUGAAACCAUCACAAAAAGAAGAAAAAGAAUAUGGACCUUAUGCCUGUAAACCUAUUACCAAGAUAAUUGGCUUGACAACCAUUGACAAGGAAGAGUUUCUUAUUUUUGGUAAUGGUCUCCCGAGAUAUGACUUUAAUGAUAAAUACUCUGUGACGAUUAUCAAGAAAGGUGCCGAGAAAGGAGAAAAGAAACAUCAUGUGUUGGAUUUUCCCUCGGCCGUAAUUGACUUUAUAGUCAUCAAUGCCGAUGAUAAAGAUGGGAAAGCUAUGUAUGACUAUCCAGAAGCUUUAUUAGUUCUCACUGUUCAAGAAAUAGUUGCUAUUGAUCUUCAAAGUCCCGAUUGGCUAGAAUAUAAAUUGCCAUAUUUGUGUACCCUCAAUUCUUCGGAAAUCACCUCCUGUCAAUAUUUUUCUGAUAUCCCAGAUGAUGUUUACAAAAAACUUCAAAGCAUUGGCUCCAAACAAAAUGAAAACAAGUACACUAAUCGCGAAUGGCCUAUUAAAGGUGGUGUAAUUGCUGAAAAGCCUUUCACUGUGACAAAUGAUGUUUUAGUGACAGGUCAUGACAAUGGUACUGUCCACUUUUGGGCUGCUGGUGACGUAACUCUUCACCAUUUAUGUUCCCUUGAAACUGUGAAGCUUUUUAAUGAUCCCGAUGAUGACAUAAUCCCGAUUGACUCUGACGAAGUUCCAGCUAAUGAGAAUAGUAAAGAAGUUGAAGAGUUAUGGCCACCCUUCCGCAAUGUUGGCUCAUAUGAUCCAUUUGUUGACAAUGUCAGGCUGAAAAUACAAAAGGUUGUUUUCUCUCCCUUCUCUUCAACCUUGGUUGUUGGAGGCGGCUGUGGUCAGGUAAUUGUUUUCAGCUUGACUGAUGAUAACAAUUGCACUCCUCUUGUUGUCAAAUCAAUGAAUAUUAUCCGUCCAGAGGAAAAUUUCCCUUGGAAAGGCCAAGCAGCCCCUAAACCACGUUCAGAGCAUGUUAAGUUUAUUGGUUUCACUGCUCUUGCCUUAAUUCAAACAAAUCCGCCCUCAUAUGUGACAGCUUUAGCAUGGCAUCCUGAAUGGAAUCUUUUGGCUAUUGGUACUGAUUAUGGGUUUGGUCUUUAUGACUUCCUCCAACAUACUGUUGUUGUUACUAAAAGUACUUUGAAUACUAAGGAUACUGCUGCUCUGGCUGAAGAUAAUGCUCCUAUUUCUAGACACAAAUCUUUUAGAAAAUCUGUCCGUUAUUCUUUCCGUAACUUGAAACGAUUGAGAUCUUUAAGGGAUAUUAAGAAACCUGAAGCCUCACCAGCAUCAUCUUCUACUCCAUCUAAUACACCAACUAAAUCGAGUGAUGAUACAAGUAAACAAUCUCAAUCACCAGCACAAGAAGUGAAAACAUUUGCAGUUAAACCGAAUGAAAGACGGGUUGAAUCUAGACCUAAGGAUGAAAUAACAGGAGCCGUUGUUAAUUGUCUAUACAUUGGCUUAGCGGGUAUUGAUAAAAAGGACUCUGGUCAAGCCCCCACUCUCUGGGUUGGUACAAGAGCUGGUAUAGUUUAUGCAUUUGCCUUUAAAGUUCCUGGUUUUCUACCUAAAGAAGGAGAAGAAGAUUUGAGGAAAACAGAGAAAAUUACUUUUAAUUACGGUAGAGAAAUUAGAUUAGCACAUGCAGCUCCGGUAAUAUUCAUUCAUCCCAUUGAUCCAACUGGAUAUCCACUACCAGACCCAUUGGAAGUUAAACACGGCAAAGCCCGCGCUCCUUCAGCAGCAGAUAAAGUUCUCGUUUGCACAGAAGAACAGUUCAUUUUAUUCACACUUCCACAGCUAAAACAUCACUCUAAGUACAAGUUAACUGCAGGCGAGGGAAUAAAAGCGCGCCAUAUCUCAAUCUCUUCAUUUACUUCAACUAUAGAUGAAUCAGUGACUGAACAAUGUGUUGUCUGUCUUACCAAUAGUCGCGAGGUUGAAGUUUUCACAACCGACUUGGAGCAAAAAAUGAAACAACCUUUGGUUGACGCUCAAUACAAAUCUGGUAUUUCUUUUCCGAGAUUUACUCCACAUGCCGAGGCAUUAUAUUUGCAUUUAUUCUGUGAAUUUAGAAGAUAUUCUCUCUCACCAAAGCGGGUUGUUGAAGCUGUCUGCCUUAUUCCUGUGCCAGAAUCUGCCAGACCAAAAAAGGUUGUUGAAGUCGCCCCAAAGCCUGCACUUGCUAGUAAAGAGGCAGAAAAAGAAAACAUUGAAAGUAAACCAGCUGAUAAACAAGUUAAGGAACCAGUUGAAUUACCAAAAGAGGAAAAAACCGACAAAAAAAUUGACGAAUUACCGGAAAAGAAAAUUGACCAAACAGUAACCGAAACAGUUAUAAGUUCACAGAUUGAUAAAGCGAUUGAGGUAAAAACUGACCCACCAGUCGAUGUUAAGAUAACAAACACUGAGAAACCAGCUGUUGAAUCAAAUGACAAGCCGAUUGAAGAACCAAUUAUUGAAAAAAACGACGAAACAAAGGAUGAACCAAUUGAAGAGCCAAUUGUUGAAAAAAAAGACGAAACAAAUGAGGAACCAAUCGAUGAAAAAAUUGAAGAAAAAAUUGAGGAAAAGAUUGAUGAGAAAAUUGAUGAAAAACUGGACGAGAAAAUUGACGAAAAGAACGAUGAAAAACUUGAUGAAAAAAUCGAUGAGAAAAUUGAUGAGAAACUGGAUGAAAAAAUCGAUGAAAAGAUCGACAUGGGAGCUGAUAAAUUAACAAAGAAAAAGCCCAAGAAGAAGUCCAAGAAAAAGUCUAAAAAACCAGCUGAUAAACCGGUAGAUGAAGGAGGCGAUGAACCGAUUGCUGACCCAAUUGAUAAAAAAAUUGACAAACCAGUUGAAGAAUUAACUAAUUAGGACCAUUAGAAACGAAUCAUUUUGCGUUGAAUAAUUUACAAUUUUAUCCGGACUUGAUGUAUAAUAUGAGGAUGAAUGUUGAUUAAUUUUCAGUAUUAAAUUCUGUUUUAUUACAUCAAUAAUUUAACCUCAAUCUCAGCUGGAAAUGAAAGUCCGUUAAAAGAUCAAAGAGUGUUGAAUUAAGAUGUUGAUCGAUUUAUAAUGAAGAUUAAUUUAAGUAUUGAAUGAUUAAUAAAAUUUGAGAUAUUUCUUUGUA